UUUGACCUACUUAAAUUGUCUGUUUUCUAUAUUCUAUAUAUGGUCUUGCACCACGAUUAUCUAUGCUAGGAAAAUUCUUGAGAAUUUUUUUUGCCAUUAUGAGAUUACCGGAAAUAGGACAUUGCCUAUCUUUUCAUUAUUUCCUAUAUUAUAUGAAAAUAUAAAUAUUAUUUCAAUUGUUUAAAUUUACUGAUCGACUAUCAAAAUAUAAGAUAAAAACAAAAUAUUACUAGAAUUAUUUACAUAUUAACUACUUGAAAUAUAAUUAAACCAAAAAUCACUUUUUAUAGUAAUACACAUAAAGUUAAAAACCAUUCACUGAACCAUUUACUAUACUUUCAUUCACACAUGCAAUCACGUUUCCUAACCUUAGCAAUUAACAGUUUACGCCCUUUGAUCAUGAUAAACGACGUUUUGCAUAGAAAAGGGAUUGAGAGAGUACGAUGAAAGGAUGGUGAACAGCUAUAUGUUCAAGAAUCGUCACGGGAUGUGGUUAGGGCGAUUCGAGUCAUAGGAAGUAGGAUGGUCGCCGGAAAUUCUCCCUCGAAACAAAUGCAAAUGUAAAUGCUUAUGUGCAUAUGUAUACACGUAUAUGUAUACAUACGUACAUGGUGGGGUUUCUAAAGACACUAUUCGUUUGCACUCUCCCGUUUCCUAUGCUCUCUGUCCAGUGAAAAGAGCAUAACAGUUUACAAGUGGCAGCCAGCACUUAACCACGCCACGGAGCAAGACAAGAAACUGAUGACGCGUGCGUAAUACACCGAUCACGGAUUAAAGUAGAACACCGCGCCGUGCGUUAUUCUUGUCCUAUCGUGAAACAUUAUCAAGAAUUUUAACUCUAUAUCUUUAUAUCUCGUUAUUGUUAUCAUUACUAUUUUUUAUUCUUUUUUUUUUCUAGUUCUACUACUUUUUAAAAUAGUUUCUUGUGACUUGUACAUAUCUUAUAAAAGAGUGUAGUGCAAAAUCAUUUGAAAUGUAAAAUAGUUUGGCAAGGAAUUAUUAUGGAUGUUGUAAUAAUUCUUUAAUUCAUAAUUAUGCACUCUUUAUUGAAUUAAAGUACGAAGUGAUUUAAUUUUAAAUUAUUAAUACAUUUAUAAUUAUUUAUAUUUUUGUGAAUAUAUUUUUAAUAUGAAUGUGUUUAAAAGAAGGACCUAUAAAUAUUUUUUUUUUAAAAUCAAUCGAUUUAUUAAAAAUUAUCAUAUGAUUAAUUUUCCUAGAAGGAAUUUUAAUGCCGAUGCUUGUAAAUCAUAAAAUCUUCAUUCAUCUUUUUCUAACAGUAUUUCUGAACAUAUAUAAUCCAAAUGACUGGAUAAUUUUAUGAAAUAGCAUAAUAACAACAACUUCACAGUUAAAUAAAGCAAAGAGAUAGCAUCGUUUGAAGUAUAAAAUGAUAUUUGCAAAGUAAUUUAUGGAUGAGUUCUAAUAUAUUGAUGGCUGUAGCUAGAAAUUGGAGAUAUUUCGUUCGGAAUCAAUUUUCCACGGAGCAGAACGGUGAAAGUCCGUGUGCGUGAACUCGCGUAAUUGAUCUCUUGUAUUCUAUGUUUGGUGUUCUUGCAAGCAUUUCUUACGAUUUCUCACGAAUUCUUGGAUAACGAAAUUUCUGCCAGUCAAAAAUGGAUUUGAAUCAGAACGAGUGAGAGUCGAAUCAUUCACGAGUUCGCAUUCUCCAACUAUGCAAGAAAUUUGGUAAACUGUUUGAGAUAUUGGAUUUAAUUUGAUUGAAGAUAUUCUGCCUAUAUUCGAAUAUUUUGAAUUGAAUUAUACGAACAACAAUUGAAUUGAAUAUACGAAAACAAAAAAAAUCUCAUGCCUUAUAAUUUUUUUCACAGUUCUGCCUAAUAAAAAAUUAUCUUAAAAGAGAAAAUAAAAUGAUUUACAACGUACCAAUUAUUCAAUUCGAAACAUAAAAAAAAAAAGUGUUUGACAUGUUUUCUGAGUCAAUCUUACACCAUUUCUUUUUACUCUAUCCAAAUCUACACAAAAAUAUAAGUAGUAAAAAAAAUUUUCCACAAAUACAAUUUGUAUAUUUCUUGAUACAAAAGUCAAAAUUCAUUAUCAGUAUUUUCAUUGAAGAAGAAGAUAGAAUAUAAUGAAAGAAGAAAAGGAAAAGAAAAAGAAAGAUAUUCUCAUGCGAUAAUCGUCGAUGCUCCCGCUUUUGUGACACUGUUACGUUGUGGUACUCACGGAGAAAAGAAACAACGAAAGGAAAGUGAUACGGGAGAUUGUGCUCUAUUCGCCGACAUUGCGGUUCGCGCAGGAAGUGCAUGCGUUUCACCUGUUGAUCCCGUCACUGUGGAUCAUAGUGUUUUCAGUCGCGUGUCGGAACGGGGGAACAGAACAAAAACGACGCGAUCAUUCAAGAUUUAUUUGAUCAUAGGUGAAACGUAUCAAUCCAAUAUCGAAACGAACCUAUCGCCAGCUCGAAAGAUUGAACAAUAGUAGAAUGAGGAGUGGAUAAAAUGAAAUUGGAUCUAAUUUGGGAUGAAACUUUGGUGUAGUUCAAACUUGGAUCAAAAAAGAUUGUGCAAAGUGUUGAAGAAGAAAUUGUUUGUGAUUUUUUAAUUAUGCUUAAAUUGCAAAGUGAAAAAGGUGAUUUUUAAAUUGAAUAUAAACAUUGAAGCAACAGUGAAUGAUAUAAGAAAAUAAUUUUCUAGUUCUAAGUAUCUGAAAAAUCAUUUACUUUCUUUCACCAAAUCAACUUAAAUAAUUCAGAAUCAUCACUUUCAUACUUUCCAAUUUCCUCGAGCAUUAAUCACUAUCAAGUUAUAUAUCAUCAAAUUUAAUCUUCCUCCGAGUCAAGGAAAUUAUUUUACUUUAUCUUUGAUAAUCGGAAUAAUUCUUCGAAUAAUCAAGAAAAAGAGGUCAUCCUUUGAGAUACGAGUGAAUGAAUGAACUGCACACUUAGAAUUCAUCAUUUCUGAUUUUUAACCAUUCUCCUUCCUGACUCCUUUUUCCAAAGAAUCGAAUAACUUCAAAAUAACUUCAGUUCACAAAAUGUAUUUACAUGAAAGUUUCUGAUGACAUGCCAUCAACAAAACGAAAAUCAUGCGAAGGCAAGGAUUGCAAAUGUAUGAUUUGUCGCGAACUGAGUGACUGCAAGAUGCCGGCUAAUCUGGAGGCUCCACCUCGCCGCGAGGGCGUCAACUUCAUUCUACGUCGCGGCCUGCCCUUCACAAAUAAAUCUCCGACCAAAGAAUGGUUAAACGUAAGCGAUAAUACACCUAAAUCAUCAUGCGACGAAGAUGGCAUCAUAGUGGAGAAAAUUAAUCACAAACGUAAAAUGGGAGACACGAUGACACACGUGGUGAUGGGUGAUAAUAACUUGAAAAAAACCGAUAAAGACGUGGCUCACAAGACCGUGAUCUACUUUGGUGACACUAAUCAAAGACAGAAUAAAUUCAAAGAAGGCGCUCAAUCGGCGAGCAAAAAAGAGGAAUCAAAGAUAGGGAAUUUUAAAAAGGAGGAACAAGUUGUUAAUAGUUCAGAGGAUGGAAGGUGUGGUGAUAUGGAUAAAAAUGAGAGGCAACGAUCGACACUCAGUCUGAUAGAGAACGAAGAGGUGGAGAAGACCAAGGUCACGCACGAAAUCGUGGUGAACGUUAGCCCCAGCAGGGAGGACGUGCUCAGGAUCGAGGAGGAUGAGAGCCAGGUCGUGGAUUAUUGGUCCUUGCCGGGGGACAACACCGGGUUCAAGGCAGACUGGAGCUUCGUUCAGCAGUGGCGCCUGAGGGGACCGGCUGGUGGAAGUGGACGAGAAUUAUAUUGUCAUCCAUAUUCGAAAGACUUCACGGAAAAUUCUCCAAAAAACGGAGUUCACAAUAUGGUUCAUAUGGUGGCAGAAAGGGACACGGAUAGCGUUGCCCCAACACCAACGCCUCAACAUCCCCAUCAUUCUCAACAUCAUCAUCUUAGUUUACAUGAAAUUCGUGCCCUUCAGAGGCGACCAGAAUGUACCGGUAAUAGCUCAUCAGAUGAGAAUCGAUCUUCUGGACAUGCAAGUAUGUCGGACACAGGUGGGCAUACGAGUAGCAGUUCACCACCGCAUCGUCACCAUAGAGCGCACAGUCCGCAACAAUUAAACUCUGUACCAGAAGAUGAUCGUUUAUCGGCUUCGGUUACCCAAAGAAAUGGCAGGAGUAGAUCUGGACAGAAUCGUAAUAGACAUAGAGCUACACCUGCUAAGGUCCCCUGGUCAGGCUCUGGUCUAGAAGACAUAAAACUAGCAAUCCAGCAGCUUACUAUGCGUUCUCAUAAAUCGUCUUCCACCUACUCCUCUUUAAGUGGAUCCGAAAGUUCAGAACCAGCUGUAAGGAGGCUGAUGAGACAUUCGAGCUUAGAAACUAUCAAUACCAAUGUAACCAGUGCGGAUGAAUUCGUUUGGGUAGAUUCUCACAAUCGAUUGGUGGAGUUGCAGCAAUUACCAUGGACGCACCAUGACGUCCUUCGUGUAUUGCAAAAUGGUCGUACCAGGGAGCAUAUGGAGCAAGUUUCGAUGGAGACGAUACCACGUCUUUCUUACCUGCUACAAAGAGCAUUGGUCAGAAUUGGUCGAGAAACUCAGAGAUUGGCUAAACCUGUUGGUCUAUGUAGCAAACACGAAGUGUAUAGCGCAUUCAAAAUUGUGCUUUGUCCGGCUUUGGCAGAUUCUUGCACUAAGGCGUGCUUGCGUGCUGCAGCAAUGUUCGCUGUAUCUGGUGAUCAGUUAAAACAAUCAAAAGCCUCUCGUUCAGGAUUACAAUUACCAGUAGGACGAUUUUUUCGCUGGAUGUCUGAUGUACGACUAGGAAGAAUGAUACAUGAAUAUGCAGCCAUAUAUUUAACCGCUGGAAUCGAAAAUCUGUUGGAAGAAAUAUUAUUGCAAUGCAUACCGAGUGAUUCUCAUACGACUUUAACUGCAACUAUGUUGGAACAUGCUAUUGCAAAUAGUGGAGAUUUAUGGGGGCUUCUUCAACCUUAUGCACAUCUUAAUGCUGGUCGAACAGCAUCAGGCGCACUUGCCAUGCCACGCUGGGCCAGUGUUAGUUCUCUAAAUUCUUCGUCAUCAUCCCGUAGCGGAAGAGAUGCAGCGGGAUCAACGUUAGAACCAUCACUUUUAACUACCUGUGUAGGAUCGAUAUCGGAACUAAUAGAUUUGAUCUCGAAAGUGGCGCAAGCUGGACGUUCAACUAUACCCUUGACAACAAAGGCAUUGAACGCUCUCUUUUAUUACAUGAGGUGUUCACAGUUAGAACAUGGUGAACGAGGUUCUGGAAUACAAGAACUUGCGUAUGAACGAGCAUAUGUUGUACUUCCACCGCUAGUCGAAUGGCUAAGAGUUGCGACCGCUCAUGCAGAACAUAGGCAUGGACUAGUUGUAGAUCAAGAUGAUAUUAAUCAAGCUGCCAGAUUGUUAUUGCCUGGUGUAGAUUGUCCUGUUAGACCAAUAUGUUUCGAGGAAGUUUCAGUGUGUUCGAAACGUAUUGAUGACUCUGAAUAUGUUCGUCUUUUAACCAUGGAUAUGGCAUUCAAAAUGUUAACAAGUGGUCGUACAGAUCUCAUAGCUCAAGCUAUACCUUUGUUACCAUCAACAAAACUUAACACUGUGAAUGAUAGUGGUUUUACUGCAUUAAUGAUAGCAUGUAUAAAUAAUGAUGAAACAGCUGUUCUAGCAUUAUUGGAUGCUGGCGUUGAUUUGAAUAUUGAAAGUCCACCUCCAGCUACUGGACAAUCAGCAAAUACACCUUCCAAAACACCAGUUACUCCAAAUAUAUCAAAUGUUAGAACUCCAGUCGCAUCAUCUGCUAUAAUGACUCCAGGAAAAAAUAUGCAGUCUCCAAAUUCAUCUUCCAGUUCACCAAGCAUAUCCAAUAAUAUUUCUAAUAACAUAUGUUGCAAUCAAUCUGGAUUCAAUGCAGAAACGCAACAUUGGACUGCUUUAACUUAUACAGCAUUAUUAGGACAUUGUAACAUUGCUAGAAUAUUAUUAGAAAGAGGUGCAACCGUUGAAGGUGGUGCUAAAUUAAGUGAAGAUAAAUCUACAGUUACACCAUUGCAAGCAGCUACAGCAUCUGGUAAUUCUGAAAUGGUAGCAUUACUUUUGGCUCAUGGAGCCCAACCAUUUUUAUCAACUUUGAUAAAAGAUUCAUUUUCAUAUUCUGGUUCAGCUCAACGUGGUUGUUAUAGUGCAAUAUCAGUAGCAACAGUUCAUGGUCAAAGGAAUUGUCUACAUCAAUUGUUAUCUCAUCCAUUGAAUUUCUCUGCCAAACGAGGAGAAAAAGAAGUAUUGUCAUUAGAAGAAAUUUUGGCAGAAGGUAGUGCCAAUACUAGUCCACAACAACAAACUGUAGAUGGAAGAGGAAAUAGAAAAGAAGGAAAAGAACCAGUUUUUAAUAAAGUUCAAAAUAAAGCUUUACAAGAAGCAAUGUAUCAUAGUGCGGAAAGCAACCAUUUAGAUAUCACAAUGGAACUUCGUGGAUUAAAAGUGGGUUGGACAUUACAUUGUUGGAUGCAUAGUUUAGCAACAGCUCACGAAAUGAGAUUAGAUUCUAUAAUAGAUCAAUUGCUUCAAGAUUUUCUUCAAGUAUGUCCAGAUGAUUAUUCAACACAGUUCGUACAAGAAUGUCUUCCUUUAUUAUUCAAUAUUUUUAGAUACAGUAAGAAAGAAGGUACGACCCUUCUUCUCGCAGAUAUUUUUUGUACAUGUUUUGGAUGGGAACCAAUAAAACCCAUUCGAGAUACAACACUUUCUAGUGGAUCUAGAAUAGAUCCUAAGUUUGUAAAUAAUCCAGAAUUAAGCGAUGUACAAUUUAGAGUGGAAGGCAGAGUUUUCUAUGGUCAUAAAAUUGUUUUAGUCACAUCAUCACCGAGAUUUAGGAAUAUGUUAAGUUCGAAAUUAUGUGAGGGAAAUCCUCCUAUUGUACAAAUUAACGAUAUUCGUUAUCAUAUUUUUCAGAUGGUUAUGGAAUUUUUAUAUCAUGGUGGUUGUGCUAAAUUAGAAGUUAAUCAAAGUGAUGUUUUGGAAUUAAUGGCUGCCGCGAACUUCUUUCAAUUAGAUGGUUUACUUAGGUACUGUGAGGCACAAUGUUCUUCGAUGGUUGAUCUUGACAAUAUUGUUUCUAUGUAUAUUCAUGCUAAGGUUUACAAUGCUAUGCAACUUCUGGAAUACUGUCAGGGAUUUUUAUUACAAAAUAUGGUUGCUUUAUUAACUUAUGAUGAUUCAGUAAAACGUCUAUUAUUUGCCAAGAAAUUACCUAAUCAUGAUGUUCUCGCAGGACUCCUUCUUACUUUGCAAGCAAGAAUAAAAACUAGACGAUCUCAGCAACAAAAUAAAUUAAAAACUUAGAAAUAUUAUGUUUAUAUUAGUAUUAUCAUUUCUAUUUUUUUUGUUGUCUUGUAAUUUUCAAUAUAUUCGUGUAUGAUUACGAUUUCGAUUUCGAUUUUAAAAAAAAAUAAUACAUAAAUGUAUUAAGACUGAGUGUUUUUAUGAUUCAUUUUCAAAUUUUUUAUCAAAUGUUUAAGUAUAAUUAUGUGUUAUAAUUAAUAUAAUAUUUGCAUUUUAUUCAAAUUAGAACAUAUUUCUGAUAUGCAUCUGUUUAAUUUUUGUAUAAUAUUUUUUGCUACAUAUUAUAAUUGUAUAUUAAAUAUUGUUCAAAUCAUAUAAA